CGCUCCUGGCGUUGUUCGGAAGCCGCUUUCCUUCCUCACAGUCACAGGCUCACCGCCGUCUUCCAACCUCGCCGGACGCGGCGGGCGCCUCCGCUCGUCCCCCACAGAUUCCAUUCUACCGGCGACCAGUCUCUCUCCUCAGAUCCACCCGUGCGCCCACCCUUAGCCCGUGUCUCGUCUCCAACACUCUUUAGGGUUCGUCGGUCCUGCGCUGAGGUGCAGUGGAGGCUUCUCUGAUUCUGCCCCUGCUCCUGCGCCGAGAGUAUGGCUGGAAGGCACACCAUCGUUCUCAUCCAACCAUCGCCAAACAAAGGGUCCAGAACUUUUAUGGACUUCAGUUCAGUCAACCAAGCACUGGACGGAAUCUGUGCCCGCUAUGAAAGGAAAAUCAUGGAUAUCAACCCCAUGGCCAGGAACUUCACUUAUGACAUCAAUGACCUGUACAAUUUCAUCGAUGGCCUCGCCGACAUAAGUGCACUAGUGUAUGAUCAUCAACUUCACGCUUUCCUGCCGUAUGACAGGCAGUGGAUAAAACAGAAGAUGUUUCAGCACCUCAAGACCCUGGCACGGAACUAGCCAUGUGCAAGUAUCUGUUUGUAGGUUCAGGUCGGUAUGAGAAACUUGAGAUCCAUGUGCUAAUUGUAAGGGUGAAAAAUGACAGAUUUGCUUUGCUAUCUGGUAUUCUGGUGUGACACCCUUUGUGCCUCUGAAUGAAUGGAUUGCCUUUGUGCCUCUGACCA